AGGAAAAUUGUGUGGUUUGUGUGCGCUUAAAUGAAUCAAUGAACUUCAAUCGCCCCAGUGCCUGUCUGAGCUUCGUGCAUGUAACACAUUUCAAAUUUCAACCAAUCUCAGUGAUGUGGAAGAGCGUGCUGAUUCCGCUCCUGUGCUCCGUGGUCGCGUGGGCAAAUCCCAGCGUGAGUGACUUGAGGUGGAUUCGUGAUACGCAACAGCUCAUCGAUGAGGACUUCAACUUGUGCCAGAGAUUCGACAUUGGCAAUGCCACAGUGAAUCUCGAGGGUCAGAUUAGUGUCCUGUUCAAGUGCAUCUCCUGACAAUUUUGUCUUCGACAGAUUUCUAUGUUGAAUGAACUUAGAAAUCGGUUCGAAGACGCUGGAUACAAGUCAAUUCACUUUGUGGGCAUCAGUGGGGGCAAUAUAUCAUCCGUUGACUUCAACAUAGUCAAAAACAGCAUCAAAAACAUACCAAUUGUGCACCAGUCGCAGCACGAGAGUCUCCAGAAUAUGGGCAAGAAUCAGGUUUACGUAAUAGAUCACUGCUCACGCCUUGUAUAUAUCAUCGUUCCACCUUGGAGCUUCGUUCAGUAUCCAUACGUGAAGGCCUCGAUCCUCUCCACGAUCUACGACGCUCCUUGCGGCUCCUGCAACAUAUCCUACAGAAUCCCGCCAAUUCCCCUCAAUCCGCCUGUCCAGACAACCACCACCACCAGUCCUGAGGACACGGAGACGAGCACGAGAGCGAAUCUCAGUGAGAAUGAGCAGCAGGAGAAUUCGAUGUCACUGCAGGAAUCUUCUGGCGAAGAACUCCUCGAGACAACAUCACAGAAGCAAGAAGAUGACGAAGGAUUCGUGAUACCAAUUAAAGUCAUCCUUCCCGUGGAGCACAUUCAUCACUUUGGCAAUCAGUCAACAUUCACAAAGUACAAUUAUAUCAUUUUGCGCACGGACAACGCCACAUUUCACGGACACUUGAAUUCCGAUCGCGGUGAGCGACUCACAGCGGAUCACAAUUCCAUUCCAACGGAAUACCAGGAAGUGACCACAGUGUUGCCUCCCGUUGGGAUGUUGGAGGAUGCAAAUGACACUGAACUGGAGGAGGAAAAGGUGAUUUUUGUCAAUGACAAGCGUGAUCAGUACCAAAAGGUGAAAACGUAUAAAAUUCCCUCGGACAACGGACAAAUAAUGUUUGACGAAGUCUCACCAGUUAUUGGGGAUUUUGAGGAGUUCUUCACCGAAGUCAACAGCACACAGGAUAUUAAGCAGAUGGAUGAUCACUAUGAGAAACUCUUGCAGUGGCUAGAUUACACUCUCUAAGUGCAAAUACUGUAUUUUUGACUAAUAAAAACUGUUUAAGUAUAAAAAUCGUUUCAAAAAUCACGCAAGUUUUUUUCUUCUUCUUAUGUGUGUAUAAGCUUAAAGAGGC